GCAGCCCCUGCCAAGGCCUGAGCUCCCUUUCCACGAAGAAGGGGUGAUAUGCUAAUAAUAAUCCUAAUAAUAAUGUGGAUUCCUGAUCUGGCUCUUGCACUGGUGCAGAGUCCCCAUCUUAUCCCCCUGGUACCUCAGGACUCAAAACCUGGUGUAUAUAUUUAAACACAAAUGCAGAUUCUCCUGAAUGGCUUCUGAUCCCUUCAACAGGAGCUCUUCCUCCUUCAUCCUGCUGGGUGUCCCUGGCCUGGAAGCUUUCUCCACCUGCCUGGGCAUCCUUUUCUACUCCGCCUACGUCCUCGCCAUGGUAGGAAACGGGGCGGUUUUGCUGGUCCUGGGGCUGGACAAGGCCCUGCGCCCCAGCCAUUGCUUCCUGGGCAUGCUGGCCGGCAUCGACGUGGCCACGGUCACGUCUGUCAUCCCCAGGAUGCUGAGCGUCCUCUGGCUGGGCUCUGCCGAGAUGGGCUCCGUGGCCUGCUUUGUGCAGAUGUUCCUGGUGCACUCCACCACAGCCGAGGAGUCGGGAGUGCUCCUGGCCAUGGCCUUUGACCGCUACCUUGCCGUCUGCCACCCUCUCCGGUACCGCUGCAUCCCGACCGGCCGAGCCAUUGCCCGGGUGGGCCUGGCCAUCGUUCUGAGGGCUCUCCUGUGCACAGUGCCCCUGAUGGCGCUGGUGACGUCCCUGCCCUGCUGCGGCUCCCGCCUGGUGCCCCACUCGUACUGCGAGCACCCGGCCGUGGCCAGCCUGGCCUGCACCGGGCCCGGGCCCAGCGGCCCCUGCAGCGUGGCCUGGUCCUCCCUGAUAGCGGGGACGGACCUGGCUUUCAUUGCCGUGUCCUACGGGGUGAUCCUGAGAGCUGUCCUGGGGAAGGAGCCCGGCUGGAAGGCCCUGAGCGCCUGUGGGUGCCACCUCUGCGUGGUGCUGCUGUUCUACGUCCCCGGGAUCGUGUCCAUCUACUGCCAGCGGUUCCCCGGCGCCGUGGCCGCGGGCACGCGGGUCCUGCUGGCCGACCUGGACCUGUACCUGGCCCUGCCCGCCGUGCUCAAGCCCCCGGUGCACAGCGCCAGGGGCCGGCAGCUCGGCCGGGCCCUGCUCCAAGUGCUCCUCCCCAGCAGGGUUUGUGCCUGCUGCAGGGGCCCGUGGCUCUCCAGGCGCGUUCGUCUCUGCCAAGGCAGCCCAGGGAGUGCGGGAGGUGCUAGGAGCAGCAAGAAGCCAGCUUUGAGUUUGGAGAUGUUCCCAGUGCCAGGAACAGCCCUGUGAUAAUUUCAGGGCUCCAGGCACACCUGUGCCAAUGAUCCUGAUCCAGAUGGAGAGAUUUCUUCUGUCUUGUCUUCUUUAGCCCCCCUGGGCUAUCCCAGUGGUUCUCCUCUCUGGGCCCCUCUUGCCUAAAGGACUGAGAGGAUCAUGGAUUGUGGCUGAGCCCCAACCAGAUUUUCCAGGUUUCUGGGUGUUGGUGGAAACUGAGCACACUCAAAACUGAGCCCUCCAAAGCCCUCUGUCCCUGCAGAGUCACAGAAUCACCACGGGUGGAAGACACCCAGCUGGCUGUGAGGGGGGAAGAGGAGUGGAGGGCUGAGGCUGUAUCCACCGGGUGCUCCGGCACUGGCACAGGCUGCCCAGGGAAGUGCUGGAAUUACCAUUCCUGGAGGUCCAAGCAGUGUGUGGAUGUGGCGUGUGGGGACAUGUGUUAGUGGUGGGAUGGCAGUGCUGGGGGAAUGGCUGGGUCUGAUGGCCUGGGAGGGUUUUUCCAAACCUAAUGACCGUGAUUAAGGCGAGGAUCCCGAAGGAAAUCAUCAGACACGGGGUGUCCAGACACAUCUGGGGCAGAGCUCCACAGGUCACCCCCAAAAUCAUGGAAGUGCAAGAGCUGGGUGCAUCACAGUUCAUCCCUCUGACCUCUUCUGGGUGGCUUGGAGCAGCCUGGUGAUGUCCAAGAGCUUCCACGAUGCAACAACCCUGCCCAGCUGGGGCUGUCCCUGGAUCCCUGGCAGUG